UCACAAUUCUUAUAAAUGUUGGAAAUUGGGAUAGGCCUAAAAUCACAUCCACAUAGCGUGACCGUGAAGGAAGGAAGAAAGAAACUGAGAGCAAAAAGAGAUGCCUCCACCUUGGGGUCCGCCGCCACCGGGUCCUCCCGGCGGUAUCUGCAGCUGUAUAUGCAGCCUUCUAUCUUCUUGUUUGUAUUGUCUGUGCUGCUGCUGUCUUCUGGAGAGUUGUUGUGGCCCAUUGUUUGGUGGACCACCUCCUGGGCCUCCUGGGCCUGGAUUCUGAUCACUGAUUUAAGCUUUGUGCAAAUGGCUUCAGGAAUGGUCGAUGAUGAUGGGUUGUUACUAGCAACCCCCAUAGUUUCUGCUUCAUUUGCUUUUAAAUCUGAUAAACUACUAGGUUGUGUGAAUGACAUUGCCACUUACCAGCUACAUAUAAUGCCUGGGUUUUGAAGAUCUAUUUUGCAAAGCAUUGUACUACUGUGAUUGAAGUCUUAAAUGAUCUUAAUGCAAUAAUCAUUAUGAA